GAAAGACAACCGCCAAAUUCUAUAUAUAUGCUAUAUAGCACUUUCUUUUCAAUAGUUUAAUGCCCAGAAAUCGAAGACUUCUGAGAAAUCUUGUGUUUGCCACAGCUCUUUUGCUGGUGGUAGAACACGGAGAUGCGGAUAUUCCCAAUUGCGACUUUUUCGACACUGCUAAUAUUACGUCGGCUCAAAAGUUAUCAAAUGGUUCCUAUCUCUAUGAAAACUUGGUCAUUCCCGUGCAUUUGACGGGUGAAUAUGACUACAAACUUCUGCCGGACGACUCGAAGGAGAAGGUUGAGAGCCACCUAAGAGGAUGUGUCUGCAAACUGAAGCCCUGCGUCAGGUUCUGCUGCCCCCACAAUCACAUAUUUGAUUAUGGAGAGUGCCUUGAAGGGACGGAGGAAGAUAUGGAAAGCUUAGAUCCUUUCCUGAACCUAACCCUGAACAACGGGUCCGUGGUAAAAAGGCACUUUAAAAAUGAAUUCAUAGUGCAGUGGGAUCUGCCUAUGCCCUGCGAAAGUACGUUCUACCUAGACAGUCGAGAUGAAGCGGAUAAGUACACACUGUUUGAGAACGGGACAUUUAAACGCCACUAUGACAUGAAGUUUUUGAACAAGCGUGAAUACUGCAUGCAGCAUUUUGAAUUUGAAGACACAGUCCAAAACACAACGUUUAUUCAAAUUGCGCCCCACAAUUGCCCGAUAGAGCAAUCUAAAACGGGAAAGACGGCGCAAACCGUCGUGAUGAUCAUUUCGCUGAUUUGUAUGUUGCUUACGAUCGGCGUGUACCUCUUUGUUAAGAAGCUGCAGAACUUGCACGGCAAGUGCUUCAUCUGCUAUAUGUUUAGUAUUUUCAUGGGCUACCUCCUCCUGCUGCUCAACUUGUGGAGACUAUCGGAUGGUUUCUGCCUUACAUCAGGUUACCUGGGCUACUUCUUCGUCAUGGCCGCGUUCUUAUGGCUCUCUGUCAUCAGUCUGCACCUUUGGAACACGUUCAGCGGCACCUCGCACACGGUCAACCGCUACUUGCCGCAGUCUCGGUUUCUGGUUUACAAUUGUUACGCCUGGGGAAUGGCGGCGGUCUUUACCGGAGUCACCUAUAUAGCUGAUAAAUUCGUCGAGAACGAGGACUGGCAGCCUCGUGUGGGCCAGUAUGAACAAUGUUGGAUCUAUACUAUGGAAUGGUCUGCCAUGCUCUACUUCUAUGGACCGAUGCUGUUGCUGAUUGUGUUCAACAUAGUCAUGUUUACCCUGACGGCCGUUCGUAUAAUGAAAGUGAGGAGGGACAUACAGGACUUUGCCAACAAGCCAGACAGGAAUCAUAAGCUCAACUCGGACAAACAGACGUACACCUUCUUUCUGCGACUCUUCAUCAUCAUGGGUCUGAACUGGAGCUUGGAGAUAAUCUCAUACUUGGUCCAAAACACACCUUGGUCUAAAGUAUUACUGGUGGCCGACUACAUUAAUUGGAGCCAGGGUAUCAUCAUAUUCGUCCUGUUUAUUCUGAAGCCCAGCACGCUGAAACUCUUGAAAGAACGAAACCAUCCGAUGCCCAAAUGGAUUCCCGUCAGUACGAGGUCAAGAGUAAGUCGAAAGUCGUCAGGUUCGAUGAAUCGAUUAGAAAGAACAACCUGUUCGGCGCCAAACUCAUCAUUGACGUAAAAGUCGCAUUUUUAAAACGGUCUUUCAGUUUUCUUUUUCUCAGGAAAUCAAUGCAUGUAAUAUUUUUAUAAUAAUUAGUUUAACAAAUUUACAUUUAUUCAAAUCACACUGACAUCACUCUAACAUUUUUAACAAAUUGUGCUACAUUGAGAG